ACACGACCAGGCUUCGCAAUGGCUCGGGCAGUUGCAGAGAUCGGUCCAAGCAUGGAAAGUAGCAGACCAGUUGCUACACACAAAACGCGAUGUCAAUUCCUGCUUCUUUGCUGCGCAGACACUCCGCACGAAAAUACAGCAUCACUCUGCAAUCAGUGGCAUAUUGGUUUGGGACAUAAUCCUAGCAAGACGGAGAUCACUAGUAGAACAGAGAGCAAGCCAGUUCAUCAACAGUAAAUUUAAAAGAAGUACUGGAAAAAAAUAAAUAAAUAAAAUAAAAUCAUAGUAGAAAAAGAACAACAACAACCUAGGACAAAUCUCAGGACACACUUGGAAAAAUGCAAUGGAGUAGCAACACUUUAAUUACUCAGAGGAGGAAAAGGCAAUUUGUCAAGGAAGCAGGAAGGAUCGAAGGUGGCUGCCACAAGGGGUAAAUUUUGUGAUAGAAAUGUGGUAAGACUUAAUGAAGGAUCGGUCAGCAAGGGAAAUGAGGAUAAGUGUUCUAAAGGAUGAAGAUUGGACUUCACGAGGGGAUGCGAGGCUAUACUUCGGAGAACUACCAGUGGAAGCUCAUGCCUCCCUGCGGGCUUCCAUGCUAGAGCACCUAUGCCACAUCACUGAGCAUACGUACCAGGGCAUAGCAACACAAUUAUGUGUGGCCCUGGCUGAUCUAGCCCUUCACAUGGCAUCAUGGGAGGACCCUAUAGGUGACUUGAUAUCUCAGUUGGGGCCAGGAGCCAGCUCUCCAAACUUGGUACCUUUACUUGAAGUCCUCAUAGCGCUCCCCGAAGAAUUACACUCCAGGCAGCUACGACUAGGUCUCAAUAGGAGAAAGCAACUAGAUGAAUACUUUCGAAGGAAAGUUCCUAGUAUUAUAGAAUUACUGCAUGUUGCAGUGGGUACUGAAGGAGCGAGCAAGGAGAGCACCCAUCUAAAAGCAUUGAGGUGUCUUGCUUCCUGGUUUAAUAUCCACACCGAAAAGUGGGUAAUGCUCACUAACACCUGCCUUGUUAACGACAUUCUUAGUGUUGUACGUAAUCCACAAGUGUCUCCGAGGUUACACGAAAUUGCAACGGACUGCAUAUGUUCCGCCAUGAUCAUGCUGGAGGCAGAGCGCAUCCAGCCACUUGCCGAGGUCUUAUUUGCGGGCGUCCUGCAGCUCGGUGAACCUUACCACCUAGCAGUAGCACUGGAGGAUCUCAAUGCUAUCACUAACUAUGCCAGAAUUUUCUCCGAACUCGGAGAAACGUUGGUCGAGGUGAUGGUCGAUCAGCCAGGGCAAGGCAUGGGAUCUCUUCAGGUUCUGCAUCUGCUUCUCACCUGUAUUGGACAUCAUGACUGGGAGGUUGCCGAGAUCACCUUUAACUUUUGGUACAAAUUAUCAGAAGUAUUGUAUCGGAAGAACUGUGACAAUGUGAAUGAACAGUUCAAGCCCUAUGUCGAGCGUCUGAUAGAAGCCUUGUACCGGCACUGUCAAAUUGAACCUGACCAUGAGAAUAUUUUGCUACAACAAGAUGAUUUCUAUGAAUUCCGGGAGCGCGUACAGGAACUGAUCAAGGAUGUGGUAUUCAUAUGCGGGUCGAAGCCAUGUUUCCAGCAGAUGUCGAAUAUAUUGCAAGCCCCAGAUGUCACGAAAAGUUGGAAUCUUCUCGAAGCUGCACUCUUCAUAAUGCAGAGUGUUGCAAAGAACCUCGUCCCGAUUGACAGUAAUUUAAUGGUACAAUCUCAUCCCAGGGAGGAGAAUGAGGUGGUCCCACCUAUUUUAGAAGCCGUUUUAAAGCAGCCAGAUGAGGUGCACAUGCAAGUGGCAUUUACGUCGGUCCAGCUGCUCGCAGAAUUGAAUGAGUGGAUUGCCUGUCACCCCGAUGUCCUUCCUCUCGUUCUUCAGUUCCUCACCAAAAGGCUACACAAUAAACAUCUGGCCACGGUUGCAGCUAAGGCCUUGGAUGCAAUAUGUCAGAGUUGUCGUGACCAUAUCGAGCAACAUUUUGAAGGACUGAUGCAAAUCAUAGAAUCUCUCGAUUCAUUCAGCAUUAGCAAUGAAGCUGUUGUAGGACUUCUGAAAGGUGUUGCAUCAAUACUUGGUAGAUUUCCGCCAGAGAGAAUAAAAACGGAUAUGAAAAAGUUAUGUUUAUCUCAAGUUAGAAAUUUGCAAAAACUAAUGGAGGAAAAUGCUCCUAUAGAAAAGAAUACGAAAACUGACCCUGUAGUGUGGCUGGAUCGGCUAGCGGCAAUCUUUAGAAAUGUAAAUCCCAUUGUACAGAAUGGAGAGCAGCAUCCAUGUCAAGAGGUUGUAAUGGAGGUAUGGCCUACUCUCUCAAUGACUUUCCAAAGGUAUAGCUCAGAUUUACGGGUAAUGGAACAUUGCUGUCGUAGUUUACGGUUUGCAGUGCGUUGCGUCCAUCAACAGUCAGCACCGCUCUUGUCGCCUCUCGUAGAACAGAUUGUAGGGUUAUAUGCAACUCAUGGCCACAGCUGUUUCUUGUACCUGGGUAGCAUUUUAGUGGAUGAAUAUGCGGGAGAACCCGGCUGUGUUGUAGGGCUGCUUGCCAUGCUGGAAGCCUUUACGCAGCCAACUUUUGUGCUCCUUACUCAACCAAGUGGAUUUAGGAAUCAUCCUGACACUGUUGAUGACUGGUUCAGAUUAUGUGCCAGGUUCUUGCAACGGGCUCCAGUCGCAUUCCUGCAGUGUUCUGCCUUAAAUACUAUUCUUGAAUGUGGUCUUCAGGCUUGUAUGCUUGAUCACAAAGAUGCAAAUGCAGCUGUGCUAAAGUUCUUCCAAGACCUGGUAGAAGCUGGGAGGAAACACGAAGAUCGACCAGACUUUGAAUCUAGACGAACGCUUGUUGUAAAUAUUUUCAACACUCACGGAGAGAACCUAGUUAGCAACCUAAUUACUGCAGCUAUCUUCAUCCUCCCGCAGUACAUGCACCAUGAUGUGGCUGAAACGUUUUACCAGAUUAUGCAGUUUGACCGUCCAAAAUUCUGCCUGUGGUUGGAAGCUAAGUUGAAAGUCCUACCAACAAAGAACUCUGGAGGUGUUGAGGCUGUUACGCAAGCUCAGCUGGUAGAGUUCCACAAGGCCGUCACACAGGCAGAGCGCACCAAGGAGAUCACACGAGCACUCGUAGAAUUCUCGAGGUUCUUCAGCUGACAUGAUAAACGCAUUAGUUGAAGGAACUGUUGGAGAGAGAGAAAGAGAGAGAGAGAAAGCAGUGGGUGUUGAAAUUGAUGGAAAUGUGAUUUGAUUAGGUAAUAAGGGACACGUUGACAACUUUUAUACUACUUGACGAGACAGCGCUUGGGCGGCUGUGGAAAGCAACAGCCAAAGCAUAAGAAACGUUCCGGGGAUGCAAGUCGGAUAUUUAUAGACAGGGUGAACUUUUUGAGUUUGUUCAUGCAAGAGGUUUUUGACGAGUGAAAGAAGAAGAAAGUUCAGAGAAUGUUCAUGUGGAAAAAAAAGUGAUUUAGAGGAAGAUUUUGAAUGGGCAUCAUUCAGUAAUUCUGGAUUCAUUGAUAUAUGUAUUGCCAAAAACAAAAUAUUUAUUUUAUGUUUUGACAUUUUUUCAAACCAUGCAUUACUAACCUCCAUGCAAUGCAUCACAACAAGAACUGAAAGAAAUAUGCAGAGUGAAAAUUAGUUGGAAUUUUCUUUUUUAUUAUUAUUAUUAUUAUUAUUAUUAUCUUUCUUUUUUUAUUCUUUUCUCCUUUCAUAGUACCCUGUUAUGGUAUACUGAAGAAUGAAUGAACUUAGAUUAAUACUGUCCCUGCAAGUGAGUGUGUUCAUGAACAGACGCUUGGGUAAUAUACUUUGUAAAAAAUGUAGAGUUGAUUUUAUAUUAUUUUCUGAGUUAUUGUGCAGAAAUUGUUACUUGUUAAUUUUAUGAAGGGGCAUUUGCUGGAUUCCAGGUAAAGGCACUGCUUCUUUCUUGUGAUACUUGACCAACAGAAUCUGAUUCUGUCUGAUAUAGAGUGCGUGCCGGUUCCCUUGGUGGUGUACGGAUACCCACAGUGUAAAGAGGUGUGAAAGUUGGUACACGAAAGUAAUUUCAGUUUAUUAUUUGAUGUGCAUGACAGUUUUGUAUAUCCAUAUAUGACAUCACCUCAUCUCAGGCCAGGUAGAUUGUUAUUUUUUUUUAUUAUUUGUUUUUUAUUAAUGUAUUUGAGUAAUGCACCAUUCCUCUUUAUUUUCCACUGGAUAUUGAUAAAGCUACCUGGUUGAGAAAGAAGGAAGGGUUUUUUUUUUCAAAGAAGUUAGUAAUCGUUGUGAGUGGUUGGCAAUGAAGCCACAAACCUUGUACUUCAGGUCUCCUAAAAGAACUUGUAUACCGUUGUGCAUCAAAUAAUCGACAUUAAAAAAAAAAAAAAGGGAAUAUUAUUACAGCAGCUUCUUGCUCAAGGACACAGUUUAGCUAGUGUGUUUAAUAUAUGUGUUAUCUUGGCAAUGUUAUCCAAAGGUAAGAAGAGUGAAUCAGGUUCAGCCUUUCUUUUAUUUUUUUAUUCAUUCUUUUUUUUUUUUUAAUUAUUUAUUUAUUAUUAUUUUCUUUUUCUUUUUUUUUUUUUUUUUUUGAGUCAUGUCUACUCUUGGUGGUGAUGCUGUUGAGGCCUAUCCCCCCCCCCCCCUACUGUCCCCUCCACUCAUGACUGCUACCUAUGUUUUUGUUACUCUUGGUAAAUACAGUCAUAAUUUCCUUGUAAAUGUGUGUUUAAACUUGUUCCUCCCAAGCUAGCAGAACUUUUUUUUUUUUUUUCACUGAGAGAAUACAAGGACUUGUUAUAACCAUAAGUAGUAGGUUGUGAAAAAGAAAAAAAUUGUUAUAGGUUAAAUUUCACCAGAUUGUAGUCAGGUUAUAGCAUUACAUUUGAGUACUAUAGUUGUCAGAAUUGGGUAAAAAAAAAUAUUUAUUUUCAGGAAAUUAAAGAAACGGAUAAUUAGGUAAUUCUAUUUGAUAUUUUCUACCACUUUUUUUUUUUUUUUUUUAGGGGGAGUGCAAUAAAUCUCAUUAUAAUAUAACCCCUAAUUGGUAUCACCAUACAUCUUUUACUCAGUAAUGUAGAAUGUUUUAAUUCAUCCAAAAAGUGAGGGUUUAGCACACCACACCUUAAUUGUUAGAGGCCACAGUAGAAAUGAGUGCUUUACUUCCAUUCUGAAAGGAGUGGGUUGGUUUUGCUUGGCUGGUUUCGCAAGCUCGUACAUAGCCAGUUAUCUGAGAGCUCAUGUGCAAUAUCUUGAAUUGUAGAAUGUGUUCUAUAGAUUUCUAAAGUACAAAAAAUACCUGAUAUACAUAAUAUCAGACUGACCUUAGUCUGAGUGAAGGUAUCCUUAGAAUUACUGUGUACUUGUCAUGCAGACAUAACAAGUCUCAUAUACUCAUUAAGUUAAUAUAUUGUUGCUCUUCAUAUGUAUCACUGGAUCCUAGUGUAUACUGCAUGUAUAAGUAUAAUGAGACAUUAUAAAUGGGAAGCUCAUGAGAUGCACACUGCUUAAAUUGUUAAAACCUUGCAACGUGUAUUAGGUCCAAGUGAGAAAAAUUCAAGUGAAGCAUUUCAUCCACAUUUCCACGACAGUCGUUCUUCAGUAAGAAAGAGAAAAAAAACAAACAAACACAGAUAAGAAGUAUGGCCUAGAAGACAUCACACUUCAUCUCAACAGAUUCACGGUAUAAUUUGAAAAGAUUUAAAAAAAAAAAAAAAAAGGAAUAGGUGAAUGACCGUCUGUUUUCUUUUCGGAUGUCAAAAAUCUCUCUUGCACCUCGUCUCCUGCAUCAUCUAUUCGUCAUUAAGAGGAUUUCACAGCACGUCACUCACUCCAUAGAUGAUAUACUUCACAGACAAUGGAUUCCAAGUUGCUGCCUCAAGAUGGCCCUACAUCAUCUUCAAAUUGAAGUUAUUAUUUUUUAUUUUAUUUAUUUAUGAUUUUAGAAUGAUAAUUCAUGAAAAUAAAAAGUGAUUAAAA